AAUUAUAAGGAGGGAUAUUGCUAAGAGGGAGAGAAGAAAAAGCAUCAACCAACCAUGGCUGCGAGAAAUUUGGAGAAGAUGGCUUCAAUUGAUGCUCAGCUCAGGCUUCUUGCUCCUGGCAAGGUUUCUGAAGACGACAAGCUUAUCGAGUACGAUGCUCUCUUGUUGGAUCGAUUCCUCGAUAUUCUUCAGGAUUUGCAUGGCGAGGAUGUCAGAGAAUUCGUUCAAGAGUGCUAUGAGGUUGCGGCUGAUUACGAUGGAAACCGCAACACUGAGAAGCUAGAGGAGCUUGGAAAUAUGCUGACGAGUUUGGAUCCAGGGGAUUCAAUUGUUGUCACAAAAUCAUUCUCCAACAUGCUUAGCUUGGCUAAUCUGGCUGAGGAAGUCCAGAUUGCCUACCGGCGUAGGAUUAAGAAACUUAAGAAAGGUGAUUUCGCUGAUGAGGCCUCUGCAACGACGGAAUCUGACAUUGAAGAGACUCUCAAGAGGCUUUUGCAGCUUAACAAGACUCCUGAAGAGGUCUUUGAUGCUCUCAAGAAUCAGACUGUUGACUUGGUUUUAACUGCUCAUCCGACUCAAUCUGUUCGGAGGUCUUUGCUCCAAAAGUUUGGAAGGAUUCGUGAUUGUUUGACGCAGUUAUAUGCAAAGGACAUUACUCCUGAUGAUAAACAAGAACUCGAUGAAGCUCUGCAACGAGAGAUUCAAGCUGCUUUUCGCACUGAUGAAAUCAGAAGAACUCCUCCAACACCGCAGGAUGAAAUGAGAGCAGGGAUGAGCUACUUCCAUGAGACAAUCUGGAAAGGAGUUCCAAAGUUCUUGAGACGUGUUGACACGGCUUUAAAGAACAUUGGAAUCAAUGAGCGUGUUCCUUACAAUGCGCCUCUCAUUCAGUUCUCUUCUUGGAUGGGCGGAGACCGUGAUGGAAACCCGCGAGUAACUCCUGAAGUUACAAGAGAUGUAUGCUUAUUAGCUAGAAUGAUGGCUGCUAAUCUCUACUUCUCCCAGAUAGAAGAUCUUAUGUUUGAGAUGUCUAUGUGGCGUUGCAAUGAGGAACUUCGUGUCCGUGCAGAACGUCAACGGUGUGCGAAAAGGGAUGCAAAACACUAUAUAGAAUUUUGGAAACAAAUCCCUGAGAAUGAGCCAUACCGAGCUAUUCUUGGAGAUGUAAGGGACAAGCUGUACAACACACGUGAACGUGCACGUCAGUUAUUGUCAAGCGGAGUUUCGGACGUUCCCGAAGACGCUGUUUUCACCAGUGUGGAUCAGUUUUUGGAGCCACUUGAGCUUUGUUACCGGUCACUCUGUGAUUGCGGUGACAGACCUAUUGCUGAUGGAAGCCUGCUCGAUUUCUUACGCCAAGUGUCAACAUUUGGGCUUGCGCUUGUGAAACUUGAUAUCCGUCAAGAAUCUGACAGACACACCGAUGUCUUGGAUGCUAUCACGACGCACUUAGGUAUUGGUUCUUACAAAGAAUGGUCGGAGGAUAAAAGACAGGAAUGGCUUUUAUCUGAGCUAAGCGGGAAACGCCCUCUCUUUGGACCGGAUCUUCCCAAAACUGAAGAGGUUGCAGAUGUGUUGGACACUUUCAAAGUCAUUUCUGAGCUUCCUUCGGAUAGUUUUGGUGCUUAUAUAAUCUCAAUGGCCACUGCUCCAUCAGAUGUGCUCGCUGUUGAGCUCUUGCAACGCGAAUGUGGGAUCACUAAUCCUCUGAGAGUUGUCCCGUUGUUCGAGAAGCUAGCGGAUUUAGAAUCUGCGCCUGCUUCAGUUGCCCGUCUCUUCUCCAUAGAAUGGUACAGAAACCGGAUCAAUGGAAAGCAAGAAGUCAUGAUCGGGUAUUCAGACUCGGGCAAAGAUGCUGGUCGUUUAUCUGCGGCUUGGCAGCUUUACAAGACUCAGGAAGAGCUCGUGAAGGUGGCAAAAGAAUACGGAGUUAAGCUCACUAUGUUCCACGGAAGAGGUGGGACUGUAGGACGAGGAGGUGGACCCACCCAUCUUGCUAUUUUGUCUCAGCCUCCGGAUACCAUUCAUGGGCAAUUAAGGGUAACCGUUCAAGGUGAAGUUAUUGAACAGUCUUUCGGAGAAGAGCACUUAUGCUUUAGGACUCUUCAGCGUUUCACGGCUGCAACACUUGAGCAUGGAAUGCAUCCACCGGUUUCCCCUAAGCCCGAGUGGCGAGUCCUCAUGGAUGAAAUGGCUAUAAUUGCCACUGAAGAAUACCGUUCUGUCGUCUUCAAGGAGCCCCGUUUUGUUGAGUACUUCCGUCUGGCGACACCGGAGCUUGAGUAUGGAAGGAUGAACAUAGGAAGCCGACCAUCGAAACGUAAACCGAGCGGAGGAAUCGAGUCGCUGCGUGCAAUCCCGUGGAUCUUUGCAUGGACUCAGACGAGGUUUCACUUACCCGUGUGGCUAGGCUUUGGAGGGGCAUUCAAACGCGUGAUCCAGAAGGACAGUAAGAAUCUCAACAUGCUCAAAGAGAUGUACAACCAGUGGCCUUUCUUCCGUGUCACAAUUGAUCUAGUCGAAAUGGUUUUCGCCAAAGGAGAUCCUGGAAUCGCGGCUCUGUACGACCGCCUCCUCGUCUCUGAAGAACUUCAACCAUUCGGUGAACAACUUCGAGUUAACUACCAAGAGACCAGACGCCUCCUCCUCCAGGUUGCAGGUCACAAAGACAUUCUAGAAGGUGACCCUUACUUGAGGCAAAGGCUGCAGCUACGUGACCCAUACAUCACGACAUUGAACGUGUGCCAAGCCUACACACUCAAGCAGAUCCGUGACCCAAGCUUCCACGUCAAAGUCCGGCCACAUCUAUCUAAGGACUACAUGGAGUCUAGUCCAGCAGCUGAGCUUGUAAAGCUCAACCCAAAGAGCGAAUACGCACCGGGACUUGAAGAUACCGUCAUCCUCACUAUGAAGGGUAUUGCUGCCGGUAUGCAAAACACCGGUUAAGCCAGUUUAAACCGUCUUUGUACCAUUCCCUGAUUCUAUGCUAUGUAAUGUAUUAUGUCUAUUCUAUGAUGUGAUAAUCUAUCUUACUCUAUUCCGUACGCUUUUUUAAUGAGUAUGAUAAUUUCUUGUGUUAUUCUAUUGUUGUUAUGUUUACUAAUCAUAUCUGUGAAAUAUAUUUCUGAAGGGAAA